AUCCUCCUGCUUCAGCCUCCCGAGUGCUGGGGUUACAGGCAUGUGCCACCAUGCCAGGCUAGCCUUCUAACUUUUGACCCUCUCAUGCCAGCCUGCUGAAUUGCUGGGAUUGCAAGCACAGGCCACAGUGUCUGACUCCAGUUCUCUGUAUACACAACCAUGCUUCUUGGAAAUGUGAAUUUGGGUGACUGAGUCUGGCUUGUAAUCGGUGCUCAAUAAAAAGUGGGUGUUAAAGCUGAAGAGGGAGCUCUGCACGUCCUUGCAGCUCACUUCUAUUUUCUUUGUUUCUUUAUUGACACAGGGUCUCUCUAUUGGCUCAGGCUGCCCUUGAACACAGUCCAGGCUGGCCUCCAACUCAUGGAGAUCCUCUUGCCUCAGCCUCCCAGGUGUUGCAACUGCAAGCAUGCACUACCGUGCCUUAUGCAGCUCACUUCUAGAAGAGGCCACGGAGGAGGAGGAAAUGGAUGCCCCGGACUCGGCCUCAAGGGUCUUCUGCAGCCGAAUCCUGAGCAUGGUUAAUGUGGACGAUGUGAACGCCAUCAUCCUGGCCCAGAAGAACAUGCUGGACCGCUUUGAAAAGACCAACGAAAUGCUGCUGAACUUCAACAACCUGUCCAGCGCCCGCCUGCAGCAGAUGAGCGAGCGCUUCGUGCACCACACGCGGACGCUGGUGGAGAUGAAGCGGGACCUGGACAGCAUCUUCCGCAGGAUCAGGACACUGAAAGGGAAGCUGGCCAGGCAGCACCCAGAGGCUUUCAGCCAUGUCCCCGAGGUGUUGUUCCUGGAAGAUGAAGACGAAGACCCCAUCCCGCCCAGCGUCACCACCACCAUCGCCACCUCAGAGCAGAGCACGGGCUCAUGUGACACCAGCCCAGACACUGUCUCGCCCUCCCUCAGCCCCGGCUUUGAGGACCUGUCCCAUGUCCGGCCCGGCUCCCCCACUGUCAAUGGCCACAGCCAGACAGACAACGAGGAGAUGCCAGGAGAGUAGGCGGCUCUGGGCUCCCAGGCUCCCCCAGGGGUGCAGCCUGGGGGUCUCUAGUUCCCAGGCUCCCCCCUCAGACCACUUCACUUCUGAAGGACCCUCUACCACACCAGGGCCAAGCCGGGCACGCCCAGUCCCGCUGCGGUCUCGGCCUGGCCACAGGGACUCCCCAGAGCUGGGCCCCGGUGUGCUCUGAAUGGGUCUUAAAAUGUCCCCACAGACCAGAGCCAGAUGUCCCCCUCCUGGCCAGGAUAUCCUGGAAGUGGACAUUUAGCGCCACACCCGAGUCCGCCUGCCCACCCCUGCACCCUAAUGCAGUUUCCUGCUCCUGCCUCUGCCAGGAGUUCAGAAGUCCUUUCUCCAGCUUUUGGCUUAGAGGCCUGAGCUGGGCCAAGACUAGAAAAAAGAGCCUGCCACCCAACCCGGCCCGGCCAGGCCUGCAUCUGCCCAGAAGUGAGGACCCUGUGACUUCAGCCACUGAGGAAAACAGUUUAACGGAAUAUUUUUGUACCCGAUGUUUACAUAUACUGUUCGGAAGUUACCAAUAAAAGACUGUUGCUAAGGAG